AGAUGUGACUGCAGCAUCGGACAUGGGACUGUUUGUUCACUCACUUUCUGUGAAGAGAGUUUUGAACUGUGUUUUGAAUAGACAGCAUUUUCUUUGUGUGGUUGGUAAAUAAUACAGAGCAAAGUUAGUCAGCAAGUUGCAUAGCUUCUGCAUUCUGAUUCUUUGGAGCCCUUUUGUACCAAGCUUGACAGGAUGUUUUUAACAGAAUGUGACCUCACUGGGAUACCAGAGAACAGGAUAAGCAGAUCGGAUGCAGUCACUCAUGCAACUCCUAGAAGCAGCAAUGUGAGAACUGGAGUGGUGGCAAACCCAGCGAGACCAGGAAACCUUCUGGAUGCCUGUCAUCAGUCACUGGGUAAAGAGAAUGAAUUUCAAGAUUAUCUAUUAAAUCAAGCAAAGCAUCUUGGGCUGAGUGACGGAUUUGGUCCUUUGGAAUCUGCACACAUUUUCACCCGGAGACACGCAAAGAUGGAUGCAGAUGGGGAAAAUAAAAAGCUACGCACGCGCUCAAAAGGAACCAAGGUUCAAGUGGACUCUAUAGCUCAAGAGCUCAGUGCCUACAAAUGCUCCAUGGCUAAGAAAAGAAAAGCUGAGGAACAGGUAUCAGGCAUUCCUGUCAACAAAAGGAAGUCCUUGUUAAUGAAACCUCGCCACUACAGCCCCAGCUUGGAGUGCAAAGAAGAAAGUGAAGACAGGACGGAUUUACGGGAGGAGAUCGUCCUUGAAAGCAGCUCAACUCCAGAGGAGGGUGCACCAAAACCAUCUGAGGAAACUCCUCAUUCAGGUGGGGAAGAAAGUUCCAGUCAAAGAAAAGAUAACUACUCCAGUUAUCAAGAUGCUGUGGCCAAACCUUUGCUGAACACAGGGAAAUUAGCAAAAGAUGCACCCAGCCAAACAGUGGCAGAAAAUCUCAACGAUAGCGGCAUUCAAUCCUUAAAAACAGAGAGCGAUGACGCGGAUGAAUGUUACGUCAUUAACUCAGAUGAAGGAAAGGAAAAGACUGUUACUUCUGAUCCUAAAUACUGUUCAUCUGAGGAAAAUGAGAGUAACUCUGAAAUGAUGGACAAUGAGUGGGACAGCUCUUCAAAUUUCUCAGAAGAAACGGGCGUAAAGCCCCACGUAACUCAGAAGUACAUUGUAGAGUGUAAUCAACCUAGCGUCCUGGAAGUGCCAGAAAUUAAGAAGGAAGAGGUAGAAAUUGGCCCUUCUGAAACACUUUGUGACUCAGAAACAGAGCAAAGAGCACCCCAGGAGUCUCACCCAGACCCUUUUGAGAAGAGAAUCCAGCAUCCCUUCCCUGAAAGUGAAGAAGAUGACAAUGAGUGCCUGUCAGAAACCACAGAGGUGUUGGUUGAGCUGGACAAAACAAAAGGGAACUUGAGUUUGCUAGAACAAGCGAUCGCUCUGCAGGCAGAGCAAGGGCAUGUGUUUCACAGCACCUACAAGGAACUGGAUAGGUUUCUUCUGGAGCACCUAGCAGGGGAAAGGAGACAAACCAAAGUUAUUGACAUUGGUGGGAGACAGAUAUUUAGCAACAAACAUUCUCCCAGGCCUGAAAAGAGAGAAACCAAAUGUCCCAUCCCAGGAUGUGAUGGCACAGGGCACGUGACUGGGCUCUACCCUCACCACCGCAGUCUGUCAGGCUGUCCACAUAAAGUUAGAGUGCCACUAGAAAUUCUUGCCAUGCAUGAGAAUGUUUUAAAGUGCCCUACCCCAGGAUGCACUGGAAGAGGACAUGUCAACAGCAAUCGCAACACACACAGAAGCCUUUCUGGUUGUCCAAUUGCUGCAGCUGAAAAGUUGGCUAUGUCCCAGGAAAAGAACCAGCUUGAGCCUCCAAAAGCUGGGCAGUGCCACGAUCAGACUCACAGGACAAACUUAGCGAAGCAACCUGAGGUAUCUCAGUACACUUACAGAACUUCUCAGCCAGUCACCUCCUCCAGGGCCACCCUGGUGAAAGAGCAGGAGAAGUUUGGGAAAGUCCCAUUUGAUUAUGCCAGCUUUGAUGCACAAGUCUUUGGCAAACGCACAACAGCACCUGCGGCACAGGGAAGAAAUGAAUCAAAGCAUUUUUCAAAUCCAGUGAAAUUUUCUAAUCGACUGCCUAGUGCUAGCGCCCACACACAGAGCCCUUGCCAUGCCAACUCUUAUAGCUACGGUCAAUGUAGUGAAGACACCCACAUAGCAGCAGCUGCUGCUAUCCUCAACCUUUCCACCCGCUGCAGGGAAGCAGCAGAGAUCCUCUCCAACAAACCACAGAGUCUGUCUGCCAAGGGAGCUGAGAUAGAAGUGGAUGAAAAUGGCACUCUGGAUUUGAGCAUGAAAAAGAACCGAAGCCAAGACAAAGUUAUGCCUCUCACUUCUUCCAGCACAGCACUUCCUACUCCUUCCUCGUCCCCUUUCAAAACAAGCAGCGUCCUGGUAAAUGCAGCCUUCUACCAGGCUCUUUGUGAACAGGAAGGCUGGGAUACACCAAUCAACUACAGCAAGACCCACGGCAGGAAAGAAGAAGAAAAAGAGAAAGAUCCAGUGAGCUCUCCAGAAAAUAUGGAGGAAAAGAAGUAUCCAGGAGAUGUGUCCAUACCAAGUCCCAAGCCCAAGCUCCAUUCAAGAGAUCUCAAAAAGGAACUCAUCACCUGCCCAACUCCAGGAUGUGAUGGCAGCGGUCACGUAACAGGGAACUAUGCCUCACACCGCAGUGUUUCUGGGUGCCCAUUAGCUGACAAGACAUUGAAAUCCCUUAUGGCUGCUAACUCUCAGGAGCUUAAGUGCCCCACACCUGGCUGUGACGGCUCUGGGCACGUGACGGGGAACUAUGCCUCCCACAGAAGCUUAUCUGGUUGUCCUCGUGCCAGGAAAGGAGGUGUCAAAGUGACUCCUACCAAGGAAGAAAAAGAAGACCCUGAACUUAAAUGUCCAGUGAUAGGCUGUGAUGGCCAAGGUCACAUAUCAGGUAAAUACACUUCUCAUCGCACUGCUUCUGGUUGUCCUUUGGCUGCCAAGAGACAGAAGGAGAGUCCUGUCAAUGGGUCUUCACUAUCCUGGAAACUGAACAAACAAGAGCUGCCACACUGUCCUUUGCCAGGCUGCAACGGGCUGGGUCAUGUUAAUAAUGUUUUUGUCACCCACAGAAGCCUGUCUGGAUGUCCUCUGAAUGCACAAGCCAUAAAAAAGGGCAAAAUUUCAGAAGAAUUAAUGACUAUCAAGCUUAAAGCAAGUGGUGGCAUUGAGAGUGAUGAAGAAAUCAGACACUUGGAUGAGGAAAUAAAAGAACUAAAUGAAUCCAAUCUUAAAAUUGAAGCUGACAUGAUGAAACUUCAAACCCAGAUCACAUCUAUGGAGAGCAACUUGAAAACAAUAGAAGAAGAGAACAAACUCAUAGAGCAGAACAACGAGAGCCUGCUGAAGGAGUUAGCUGGCUUAAGCCAAGCCCUCAUCUCCAGCCUCGCUGACAUUCAGCUUCCACAGAUGGGGCCAAUCAGUGAGCAGAAUUUCGAAGCAUAUGUAAAUACACUCACAGACAUGUACAGCAAUCUGGAACGGGACUAUUCCCCCGAAUGCAAAGCUCUGCUGGAAAGUAUCAAACAGGCAGUGAAGGGCAUCCAUGUGUAGGAUGUGAAAGCUGCUGGGCAACAGAAAUUACUUAACAGCAGUAAACUCCAGAUGGAUCUGUUAGGAGUUCAUGUACUGCUAAGGGGUGUAGGUUGCCAUGCUGCAUUUACAAUUGCAACAUUGCACUAAUUUUUUUUCUUUCUUUUUCCCAGCUGACGUAAAAAAAAACCAGAGUAAAAACCACCACAGACUAUUUGUAUUAACAGCAAUGCACUCUCUUAGUACAUCCUAUUUAUUUCAGUACAAUUCCUUUUCUAUUUUUUUGGGUUUCUUAAUAUUUUUUCCCCUUCUUUUGCACUCUUUUUUUUUUUUUUUAAAGUGAAUGUAAAAGAAAAAAACCCACAAAAAAAAUUUGUGCGUGACUAUUUUUUUAUAUUUUGUAUUUAUUUCUAAUCCCAGAGUUGUGGUUUUGGCUUGUGGUUUGGUUCGCUUUUGGUUUUGGUUGGGUUUUUGGGUUUUGUUAAUCUUCUCACAGCAUUUUUGUGCAACCUGCCAUAUUUUUUUUACAAAUCCUUGUAUGUAUUUAUUUCCCGACGGGAUUUUAAACAGACUGAAAACAACAACCACCAACAACAAAAGUUCUACUGUAAAUCAAAACGACUCGCUGGGUUUGUACAGGAAGCAAAGAAAAACCCAAGGACAACAGCAAAACGCAACUAUGAAAGUAACAAAUGACUGAACCAUGGUUUCUGCUUUUAUUUUCCUCACAUCCUGCUUCUUUUAUAUGCUGGCUUUGUAUCAGAAGGGAGUUUGCAGUAACACGCGAGGUGAAGAUGCCUGGAAUGAGAAGAGGAACGGUGCCCACUAGUGGGAAACUUGGGCUCCGGGAAGCACAGAACGCUGGAAA